UUGUUGAAGGCCUACAAAGGUACUGGGGCUGCAGAGAUACAGCCUGGGAAUAGGCAAAGGCAGCAGGUCCUAACCCAUUGCCAAUGAUGAGUGGCCAUUACAGACUGCAGUCUGCCCCAGUGAGCGGGGGCUAGAUGCUGACUAGCAGUAGCCACUGAGACAAGGUGGGUUUAGAGGGUUGGGGGUUCCCCUGGGAGGAGAGACCCAGAGUGUGGGGGCACUGCUGGGGAAGAACCCCGAGGUAAAGGGCACCAGGGUCCAGUAGGGACACGGGGCCAGCGGAAGGUGAGACACUGGCCUGCAGAGGGUGCUCCAUACACUGGAAAAGAGCUAAUUCCCAGAUGACCAGCAGGAGGUUCUGCACCGGGGGUUAAAAUGCUGAUCACUGUAACACCACCUUAUGAGCCAGCAUCCCUCCAUCCACAGAUUCUACCCCCUGCUAUACUACCGAAACCCGGGAAGGACAAUCUAAGGCUCCAGAGACUCUUGAAGAAAGUUGCAAAGAAGAAUGCACCACUAGCCUCCCAGCAAGCCAAAUCGUUCCGGUCCAACCUCUCCCCAGUGAGCGAGGCCAGCCCAGACCUAGAGCACAGCGAGCGCUCAUCUCCGCUGAAGACCCUAGAAACAUCGACGCACAUCACCAUCCGCCUCCCUCCCCGGUUCUCCAUCAAGCCAGUCAUCCACCAUGUCUCAUCUCCUUUCCCCAAGGCCAAGCCAUUUACGCUCAAAGUAACCGAGCAGAGGAGAAUCUCUGAACACCUCAAGCUCUCUGUCUCUCCAGCAGCAUCCCCUGUGCACAGGCAGUCCCCAUGGCAACCAAAAGGGGAGACAAAACCAGACACGCCCACCCAGCUACCUUCUCCACAGGCACAUUGUGUAUUUGUUUUCCCUGACCCUCCUGUUUCCAUCUCACCUGUCAUAGAAGCCCAAGUGGAGGUUACUCAUGUCACCAAAGUGCAUGCGCGUGCCCAUAGUGUGCAGGCACCCAGAGCAAAGACCCCCUUACCAGACCAGUCGUCUACAGUUCUCAGCAGUGAGGACAAGCAGCCUUUGGCAGCCCAUACUGGCAAAAGCCACUCAGAGCCACCUGCAGGGCUGGCACCAAUCACUCUGAAUGCUGAUGAGACUGGAGCUGCUACUCCAAAAUCAAAGGACUCCAUGCUUCCCACCAUGACAGCAGAGCCCCCCUACAAAACCCUUCAGUCUUCAACUCCCAGAGAGCCUGUUGGGACUGCUUUCCCCAGUCCUCGGAUGCCGGAUCCCCAAUUCAGUAGACCAGAAAUCCCAGGAAGUGCCACAGCAAGAUCCCAAACCGAGUGGGUUCCUGAACUUCCUGAGCCACACAGCAAAAGCCUAAGGCCAAUGACUCCCCCUACAGCUCAGAAGCAAGAGGCCACAGAGCCAGCUGACAAUACAAGGGCUUUCUCCACAGAAAGAAAGGAAGAUCUGGUCAUUCCACCACAGCCAACAUCCACCAUUCCCAGUGCCAGUCCAUUCCCCAAAGCUGAGUCUCCACCACCAUCUGUGGAGAAGGCCAGACCUCUUACAGCCAAGCUUAGCGGAUGGUCUCGCCUCAAGAAGCACUUGACAGUGGAACCCGAGGGGCCCCAAUUCCCAGAAACCAAGCCAGCCAAGCCUGAACAGGAGGAAGCAGGAAGUAAAGCAGAAGGCUCUCAAGGUAAUGCCAGCCAAGACAACAGGCUGAUUAAAUCAAGGGCCACCAAAAUGUGGGACGCCAUUUUAUAUCAGAUGACAGCCCUCAAGAGGAGAAAGCAACAAGAGGAAGAAAAAGGGAUAAGGAAAGAGGAGGGAUUCUCAUUCCGGUGCCGCUUGCCCCUUCUCCACAGACCACGUUUUGAUGCCCGGAAACUGAAGGAGCUGGCUUCCAAACCAAUGACGAAGAUCACCACCAUGUUAGAGUCGAGCCUGCUCCACCACAAGACACCUGAGGAACCCAAGAAUUUUAACAGGACUGCAUCAGGGUGGCAGCUCAAGUGAAGCCAGCUGGAUUCCACCUCGGCAACAAGCUCUCUCUCAGGCCUCCUCCAAGGUGCUGCCUGAGUUCUGAGCAGGAAAGUGCCUUUUAUAGCCAGAUUUUCCUGCAGCAUGGAGGCCAAACAUGAGAAAAAUAUAAAUAAAAUCCUUCACAGACAGCAGCCUUAUGCUGAGGGCUUUAGGGGGUUGAGGACUGUACACUACAUAUCCGUAGUGUACAUAUCCGUAGUGCAUGCACACACCUCCAGAGUAGCUUGAGGAUCCAAGAAGAACAGCUGGCAUGUGCUCACCCUCUGAGCUCUCUCUCUGGAGCUUUCAGUCUUCUCUUAAACCUAACCAAGCCCCAAUGAAAUGCACUAGGGAUGUCCUAGCAGAGGUAUGGCCAAAGCAUGCCUUGGCAAGGCCUUACGAUUGGGUUUAUUUUUUCAACCCAUCAGUUCUCAAGCACUGUAGGAAACAUGGAUAAAUCCAAGAUGGAGGCUCCUCCGCACUUUCCAUGGCUUUCUGACAUUGUAUUGCAUUUAUUUUUGAUCGCUGCUCAGGUUUAACACAUGGGUUUGUUUUGUUUGUUUUGGGUUUUUUUUGUAAAUAUUAAGCAGCAUUACAUUGAGAUCUGGUUUUUCUGGCUAUUUUGGGAGUGGUUUGUUCAUUUUGCUUUUAAUGUUCACAGUUGUUUGCAUCUCCAUAGUCACCAGGCUUAGGGAGUGAGCUCACACAGGGUAAGCAUGCAGCUAUUUCCACUUCCCUAGUGAGGUUACCAUAAGGGGGAAUAUUUCUGCAUAGCUAAUAUAGGACUGGUAUGUUUCACCCCAAAGGGAAAUUUGAUACCUGCUUCUACCUUCUGUGCCUAUGCACAGGCUAGCGAGCUGGCUGGAAUUUCUCAUUCCAAACAGACAGCCUUAAAAACCACACACUCGACUUUGUUUUUGUGAAGUUUAAUUUCUGAGAAGAAAUGAAAACUGAAAAUUCUCAGUGUUGAAGAGUCAGAACUCCAGUUUUUGCCCCUGGCCAUUUUCCAGUAGCAAAAACGAAAAGAGAAAGAAAGAGGGAAAUCCCCCAAAUAAGCAUCUGAACAAUUUCAAAAGUUUUUCCAUGAAACAAUUGAGAAAAUAAGAAUUACUUGGCAAAAUGUACUUCUUAUUUUUGGACCAGCUCUAAUAUGCGAUACAGGUAGUUAAGAUUCCACUGACACAGAAAGGUGGCUUGCUACAAGACAACAUUGUACUGACCUAGGCUGAGAAUGGAGGUAUUUUGCUUUAAUUAAAAUAUAUGUGCAGAUAGGCUGGUAUUCUCAGGAGUCCAAGAGAGUUAGGCACCCAGAUUCCAUUGAAUUUAAGUGAGAUUUGGACAUUUAUCUCCCUUACGGUCUGUUGAAAAAAUUCCAGGCUUAUUUUUGGCUCAAUCAUUUAAAACCUUUCCCCAAUUGCUAUUUUGUUGUUAAUUACAUAUUUACAGGGUGAGGAUUCAGAAAUGGCUCUGUGAUUGCUCCUUAGGCCUAAUCUAUAUACACAAAACUAAUGAAUUCACUUAGAGAUAUGAUUUUUAACCAAUCUAGUUUCACCAGUACAACUUCUAGUGUGGAUGUAGUUAUACCUGUAUAAAGGUGCUUAUCCUUUUAUAGUUUAUUCCUCUUUCCUUAUAGAAAUAACUAUACUGAUAAAACACACUUUUAGACCAAUGUAAUUACCUCAGAAUUAUUGGGUUUUACCAUGACAAUACCAGAAUAGUCAAGGCAGUCUAAACUAGAAAGUUGUAUAAAGCUUUAGUCAACAGAAAUCUCUACUAAAACCUCAAGACAAUCCUUUUAAGCAGUACCUAUUUUUUCGUCAACUCUUCAAAUACAGCACAAGGAGCUUGUCUUCCCUAGGAAGCUAUAACCCAAUUCAUAUGAUGCAGAACACGACUUCACAACCAGCAUAGACAGCACGCAGGUAGCGUAACAACUUGUCUGCUGAUCGCAGGAAAGGUUUAGCCCUGAGCAGUUGGAACAAACACCGAACACAUGUUGCCCAUGUCUAAACCGACUACAAAGUCAUAUUAGUUAAAGAUGUAUCAAGAUAAGAGUCUUAAGCAGCCUAAUUUUCUAGCAAAGUCAACUCCAAAUUGUUGCCAGGAAGCCUGUCUCAGGUGAAGUCAAAUUAAACUCAAAUAUAAAUGGUUCAGGUCACCGACUUUUAAAACUGAAGAUUGUGUUUAUAAGACAUACUGGUUUUGAAUUUCCAGGGUGGGAAAAUACAUUGAGAAAGUCUCAUUUUAACUCUGCAUGACAAGGUUUCCAAAUGCUGCCCCAGUUUUGUUUUGUUUUUUUAGUUUGUUUCAGCAUAGUUGCUUUGGGACGUCAUCAGCUAUUUGCAGUCUCCUAUAAUGGUGGUCAAGAGUUCAGUCCUUCAACCAGAUGCCCUUGAUUGGCAGCCCUUUUGUCCGCUAGCAUACAGUAGCCUCUUUCUAAUGCCAAAACAAGUUUGCUUAAAAAAAAAAAAAAAAAAAAAAAAAAAAAAAAAAACA